GACAUUUCCUGUUUCUCGAGCACGGAUCCGUAGUAAUGUCAGCAAAAUAACUACAUUUUUUUUCUCCAGCCAUCCAUUUUCUCCCAAAAAUGUCUAAACUACAACAGAACAAUGUGUUUCUCAACGAAACAUUAACAGCAGUUCCUUUGGAGAUAUCCGUGGUAGUUAAAAAAACGAUCGCAGAGUACCAGGAAGAAAUCUACCGUUUGAAACGAGCGAAUGCACGUCUACGAAGACUGCUGGAUUUGGUUUUCAAGCCAGAGAUAAAGUUGCGUAGAUUAGCAGACCUCCAGCAGCUCACUCUCACUGGAGAGGUUGUUAACCCUGAGCAACAGCACUAUGAGCAGGAAUGGAGCGCCAGUUUGGGGCCCGUGGAGUCUGAUGCCGAAGAGUCUAUAUGGAACUCUAUCAACAUUACAACUGUAGAGAACCAAACAGAAUUUGAUGGUGAGCGCUACAGAGAGUCCGACUCAACCAGUGAAUAUCAGCCCCCAUCUGAAGUAAAUCCAGAGAGUGACAACGACGAAAGUGAUCAUGUAAAAGAGGAUGAAGUGGAGAAUAGAAUACGACUGUCACGGUUAACUCCUCUUAAAUCAAAGAGAGGAAGAGGACGGCCAAGGAAAGAAGCCAGGGAGUUGCCUGAUCUGAACUGUGACUUGUGCGGAAAAUGCUUUGCGACAGCGGGUGGUCUGAGAAGGCAUCAACAAAAUGUGCACGGUGAAGAGAGACCGAAAGCACGGCCAAAGAAAGGAAACCGUGAGUUGCCUGACCUGAAAUGUGAUGUGUGUGGAAAAUGCUUGGCGACAGCACGUAGUCUGAAAAGGCAUCGACAAAAUCGCCAUCUUGACGAGAGACCAAGAGGACGGCCAAGGAAAGAAACUAGUGAGUUGCCUAAUCUGACAUGUGACGUUUGCGGAAAAUGCUUUGUGACAAGGCGUGGCCUACAAAUGCAUGGGAAAAAUAGGCAUAGUGAAGAGAGACCAUACAUGUGUGACAUAUGUGGACAAGGUUUCGUCCUGAACUGCUACCUGAUCCGCCACAUGAAGACUCACACGGAGGAGGGACAACAUUGCUGUACCAUAUGUGGCAAAUGUUUCAAUCACAAGAAUAACCUGAAAAAUCAUAUGGGUACUCAUACAGGGCCGGCUUUUAAAUGUGAUUUGUGUGGAAAAUGCUUGACAACAAAAGGAAGUCUGAAACUCCAUCAGCAAAAUCACACUGGGGAGAAAUCCUAUCCGUGCAAAGAGUGUGAAAAAUCAUUCAGCAUAAAGGCAAGCCUGAUAUUGCAUAUGAGGACUCAUACAGGGGAGAAACCAUUCCGGUGCAAAGAAUGUGGCAAAUGCUUCAGUGACAAGGGAACCCUUACAAAGCAUAUGAUGACUCACACAGAGGAGAAACCACAUCGCUGCAAUGAAUGUGGCAAAUGCUUCAGUCUGAAGGGAAGCCUGACUGCGCAUAUGAAGGUUCAUACAGGGGAGGGAGUUCAAUGUCAUUUGUGUGGAACUCACUUGAAGUUAGCAUCAAGUCUGAAAAGACAUCUGCGAACUCACAGAAUAAGUAUUCACAAUGACUAAGAACAAGAAACAAUGCCCCUUGUGUAAAAUGAGUUAGAUGGAAGAGACUAAUAAGAGGACAUACCACUCAAGUAUGCUCUUGGUAAAAAAGUACACUCCGCAAUCUUGGAAUCUGUUCAAUGGUCAUUUCAAUUCAUAUAACUUACUCAUUGAUUGUUGAACAUUUUUAUUUUGGGUGGAAAAUGUAUUUAUUUAAAUGUACUGUAUUUAGGUACAUUUUCCCAUUCUAAAUAAACUAAUAUGGCAGCUUAUUGUGAUAAUUAAGUCUGCCACCAGUAGGAGUAGUAACACCAGUGAUGGCAACACCAAGGAUACAUUUUAGAUCAAUGAGGAAUUUCUGAAAUUGAGGCCACAGAUUUGAAAAUCCAAGGUCAUUAACCCUUUAAAAAUAAUACAUGAUUAAUAAUUUUUCCCUUAAUGUAAUUUCCAAGGUGUUCACACCAAUUACAAAAACCUGAGGGGCACAUGUUAUAUUGGUUAACAAAAUUAUUAUUGAUCUACAGUACCUUGUGGUGGUUAAUUUCUGUAUUAUCAAAUGAGGAGAGACAGACUUAUCACACAAGUCAGAGUUAUACUUCAACUGAAUCUUUAUUAGUGAGAGCUCUGUAAUAGCGGUGGCUGGUCGACGAACCACCCUCAGAUGAUUCUUUGAGAGCCACGACACAAAGGCUACUGAAAUCUUUUAUAGCAAAGAUCCACCCCCUAGUCUACAUAACAAACAACAUAUGUGUGGAACGGGUCACAAGGUGAGACUUGAUAAAUGAGAAUGGAGUAUCCUGCAGCCAGAUAGCAUUUGCUAGAAAUUCUGUUCUUAUCGUUCAGUUUGGCCCCUAAGAUGAGGCUCCCAUCUCAUUCCUGGUACUUUAUAGCACAAAAACACCAACUCAUUCUAUGGCAUAAAUCAAUUGUCAACUCCAGAUACUCGCAUCUCAAGUAAAACCUCUUCUUGACCACACGCCUGGACAAGUUCACUGAGGGGAGUGAGCCUCUAGGUCAUACACUAUCCCAGGAUAGGUGCAACAUCAGAGAUGUCAUACAAUGGUUCCAGACACUACCCACAACACUACCCCACACAUCUGUUGUCUCAAACCUUAUCUCCCCCAAGGCCAAAGGAGGGAAUGACUGGCGCACAGACAUUGUAGAGACAACUAAUUGGUUCCCCAUCAAUCACGCCAUCCCUUCACAUGGUUUAAGAAUAGGUAAAGACACAUUCACAUAUGAAGACAAUGUUCCCUUCCUCUCCUCUUCUCUUUAUGAUGUUCUGCAUAGCACCAGGGACAUGUGAAAGACAAGUCUGACCUCUCCCCUCUGGGCCCCAGGUGACAGAGCCCCAGCUGAGGGAGGAAGUGCAACUGCCAUCACCAGAGUCCGAACGGAUACAUUCUAAUAACAAGCAUAUCAUAUAAGCAUAUGCAGAUAAGACAUCUUAAUUAUCUAUGUUACCUAACUAAUUCUGAUUCUUCCGCCACGGCCUUCAGCAAGUAUUCAUACCCCUAGACUUUUUUUCACAUUUUGUUGUGUUACAACUUAGAAAAUGUAUUAAAUGUAACUUUUUUUGUCACACAAUACCCCAUAAUGUCAAAGUGGAUUUAAAAGCUGAAAAUGUCUCGAGUCAAUAAGUAUUCAACCUCUUUGUUAUGGCAAGCCUAAAUACAUUCAGGAGUAAAAAUGGAAGCCUGUACAAAACAAAAGUAUUCCAAAACAUGCAUCUUGUUUGCAACAAGGCACUAAAGAAAUACUGCAAAAAAUUUGGCAAGCAAUUCACUUUUUGUCCUGAAUACAAAUGUUUAUUUUUGAGCACAUCCAAUACAAUACAGCACAUUACUACCACGUUACUACCACUCUCCAUAUUUGCAAGCAUAGUGGUGGAUGCAUAAUGUUAUGGAUAUAAAUGUACUGAAUGGAGCUAAGCACAGGCAAAACCUGGUCCAGUCUGCUUUCCACCUGACACUGGGAAAUUAAUUCACAUUUCAGCAGAACAAUAACCUAAAACACAAGGUCAAAUCUAACCUGGAGUAGUUUGCCAAGAAGAUAGUGAAUGUUCUCGCAUGGCUAAGUUCCAGUUUUGACAAAUCUGCUUGAAAAUCUAUGGCAAGACCUGAAAAUGAUUGUCAAGCAAUGAUCCACAACCAAUUUGACAGAGGUUUAAGAAUCAUUUUUGAAAGAAGUAUUGGGCAAACAAACGUUGCACAAUCCAGGUGUGGAAAGCUCUUAGAGACUUACCCAGAAAAACUGACAGCUGUAAUCACUGCCAAAGGUGACUAACAUGUAUUGACUCAGGGGGUUGAAUACUUAUCGAAUGAAGAUAUAUUAGUGUUUUGUUUGUCAUACUUUUUACAUUAAAAAAAAAUAUGUAUUAUGUAUUUAAAUUUUUCUUCCCUUUGUCAUUGAAGUAUUUUGUGUAGAUCUUUGACAAACAAUGACAAGUAAAUCAAUUUUAAUCCCACUUAAUAACACAACAAAAUGUGGAAAAAGUCAAUGGGUGUGAAUAGUUUCUGAAGGCACUAUAUAUAAAUAUAUUAAAUACUUUGGUUUAAUUUCUAGCAUUCAAAAUAAUAGAUAUCUCUAAAUCCCCCAAACAUGUUACUACUGAGACUAGCCAAAUUCUUUAAACAAUGCAUAAUCCUAUAGUUUUGCAGUAUAAAUGACUUGCAUUGUGUUUUAUCAUUGAUAAACAGUUCAAUAUAAACAAACACAUGUAUGAUGUGUGACUAUUUGUCAUUUUAAAGUGUUUUUCAUGGUUACAAAGGUGUAGGGUGCAAAUGCCCAGGAAUUCAUUAAUGACCCAACUUAUGAAUGCACAACUAUCUUACGCUAUCAUAUUCCAAAAUAUAAGGUAUUAUUACUCAGUCGUAUAGAAACAACAAGAAUGAAAACAAGCACUGAAUAGCUUCCAAAUAUGUUAAAAACGAUCGUGUGGAUGUCAGUCUUUGUAUCUAUAGUGCUGCCUAGGUAUUUGAGAGGAGCUAGCCAACAUUCUUCUAGCCCCAUCUCUCAGCUGUUUACUAAAACAUGGAACGGGAACCACAUUUUGUUGUUUUUUGAAUUGCAGCUUUAAGGUGGGUAUUAAUAUAUUCCUAAACCUGCUGAACCAGGUAGUGAAUCAAAGUUUGUCUGACAUUUUAAGACCUAUUAAGUAAGUGCAGUGUCAAGAUGAAACCACAUUCCGCAACAUCGGUCGCGUAGAGCCAGCUACAUUUGUCCAUCUCAAACGCAUGGGAAAGAAAGCCCUGAAUAAAACCAUUACAACUUUACAGAAGAGUCUCAAAGAGCUUCAAAAGCAAUGCCAUCUUGAUGAUAUGGUUUGAUGACUGGCUAGGUUAUUUUCUUUUCGCAACCUAUACAAUCAUGAGAAUUAUGACAAUGGUUAUGAUAUGAUAAUAACUAUCUUGAUGUUUAGUAAUGUUAUGAUAAUAUACAGUAUGCGAUGAUCAAUGAAAAUGUUGUUAAACUAUGUACUGUACCUGGAACCCUGACUGAAUAUGAAAUAAUAGGGUCAUUCUAUAUGAAUUCAAAACACCUUUUUUACCACUUCCAAUUUGAUUUGAACAAAACUUUCCAUACAUGUUUGCCUUUGGUGGAAGUGGUCAGAAAGCUUUUUGGACCUGAAUGCCAAAACAUUCAGGAGAUAGUGCUCAAAGGUAACCCAUUUUGCCAACCCCACCCUACCAUUGGUCAAGCCCUAUGGCGCUAUAAAGGCAGCAUCACUCCUGUAAAACGUUUUUUUUUGUUUUUGUUCUACUCAGUGACCAGUUUAUUAGGUACACCACCCCAUUCACGAAAAUGGUUCGCUCCUACAGACAGUGAGUCACGUGGACGUGGCUUGCUAUAUAAAACAGGCAUCAAGGCAUUCAGUUACUGUUUCGAGUGAAUGCUAGAAUGGGAAAAACUAGUGAGCUAAGGGACUUUGAGCGUGGUAUGAUCGUCGUUGCCAGGUGCGCUGGUUCCAGUAUCUCAGAAACAGCUAGGCUUUUCACGUACAACAGUGCCUAUGGAUUACUGAAAAUGGUGCGACAAACAGUUCUGUGGGUGAAAACAGCUCGUUGAUGAGAGAGGUCGAAGGAGAAUGGCAAGAAUCGUGCAAGCUAACAGGCGGGCCACAACAGGCAAUUAAUGGCGCAGUACAACAGUGGUGUGCAGAAAGGCAUCUCAGAAUGUACAACUUGUCAGUCCUUGUCACGGAUUGGCUAUUGCAGCAGAUGACCACACCAGUUUCCACUCCUAUCAGCUAAAAACAAGAAGAAGGGGUUCCAGUGAGUACGCAAUCAACAACACUGGGAAAUAAAGGGGUGGAGAAACAUUGCCUGUUCCAUCGAAUCCCGGUUCUUGUUGUGUCAUGCUGAUAGCAGAGUCAGGCUUUGGCAUAAGCAGCAUGAGUCCAUGGCCCCAUUCUGCCUGAUGUCAACAGUACAGGCUGGUGGUGGUGUUGUAAUGGUGUGGGGAAUCAUUUUCCUGGCACAUGCUCACUCCCUAGAUACCAAUUGAGCAACGUGUAUCUGAACAUUGUUGCUGACCAGGUGCAUCCCUUCAUGGUUGCAGGGGGUCUCAUCCGGUACUAGAUGUGUACCUAAAAAAACUGUCCAUUGAGUGUAUAUAAUUAUAAAAUAUUAAAGCCACCAUGGCAUUUUAAAUCUGUCAAGCAAGUCAGAUGGAUGGUUGGUUUGGCAAGCUAGCUAACUGGGUAGCAUGUUAUGUUUUGAUUUGAAUGUUGAGGUUGAGCGGACAAGGCCAAAGCAAGGGUACAAGCAGAGAUGGCAGAGGUAUGCGCAAAUGCUCGGGAAGGCUACUUUGGACUACCGCUGAGCCUUCCACUGCCAGGGCAUCACCCAAGUGUGUGCUAAGUGAUCAGUGGUGGUUGAGGAGUAGCUAGCUACCUACCGGCUACAGAGACCAGACUUUGCACUGUGUAACGGCUCUGGACAACAGUCAUCAUUGCUUCAAGACCAGACCCCUGCCUAUGACUGUGAUGCAUCCGCUCUCUCCCUCCUCACAUGGACAUUUCCCUUACAAAAAAACUCACCUGAAAUGAAAUGAUAACAUGUGUUUCAAAUGUGAUCGCAUGUGAUCGCAUGUGAAGUUAAUGUAAUAGCGUGACAACAUGUAAAAGCAACAUGUGAUAACAUGAAACUACACAUGUAAAAACAUGAUCUCAUGCUAAAUAAAUGUGACAACAUGGGAUGCAAAA